UUUCCCUGUGUUUACCUGCAGAUUAGCAGGGAAGCUCUGCGAGUGCAAGCUGAGAAUGAACUGUGCCUCCUGCCCCUUUGCCUUUCACCAGCAGGACGUAAACAUUCUGGCAAAAGGUUCUAGCCUAACUUGUUUGCCCCUCGCCGCCGCCCCCAGCCACUGUCAAGGACGGAAGUCCCAACUAGCGAAUCAGCCAGUGGGAGGGAAGGGAUGGCUUGAAAGGGAAAGCAAAAGUUGAGAGGGAACCAGAAAGGCUAUAAAAUAGACCGUGAAGAUGAGCACGGAGGAUCUACCUGAAGGAGAGAGGUGGCUGCAGCAGUUCUUCACAGCCAAGGUCUUCCUCCCAGGAGACAAGAACUGGAGGGUGGGGAAGAACUUCUUUGUGGUGAAGAGCACCGUGGGAAAGCUGGUGAAGUGGGCCUACGAGUCCAGCACUGGGCUGUACCCCAAGGACCCCAUCCUGGUGGGCAGCUACAGGGAAGGGUUGCACCUUCAGACAGAAGAGAGUUCCAAUAACUUCGACUUUCUCAUCCCGGUGAGGUUUAACCCCAAGUUGGCCCUCAUCAGUGGGGGCAUCGCCAAAGAUUCGAGCAGUUAUGAACAUAAGCUCCCCACCUUCAUCUUCCGUGACAAAGGGGUGCCUGUGUCUCGCUCGGGCACCAGAGUCCUGGUGGACCUUGAAGCUAUGGGAGAGACUUACCUGGAGGUCCAUUGUCACAAGCAGGAGGAUGAGGAUACAGAGGAGGAAGAAUUCGAGGAGUGCAAGGAGAGCCUCAGUCACCACAACUUGGACCCUAUUCAAAUCCUGAGAGACUUCCACCAAUAUGUAGAAAUGGCCUUGGACCCAGCAUAUACCCAUCCUCGGCAAAAUGAUCCUGUUUUCCAGCAAAGACUGUUCCCCUCAAAAGUACCGAAAAUAGAUGAUAGAACAAGACAGAACACCAGAUUAGAAGCCCUGGAUUUGGAUGGUCCAGCCAUACAGCUGACCUUUGAUGAAGGGAUUGAAACUGUUCCCGUGAACUUGAUGCCUGCCAUUCAGGGUGCUAUCAAGCUCUCCAGCCAGUGGCUGAGGGAGGAUCUCACCCAUCUUUCUGACUGGUGGGACGGGGACUUGACCAAUGAAAAGAAAAGCUUCCUCCAGAAAGGAGCAGCUGUUCGGGAAGUUGGUCCAGAAUUGGUACCCAAGGGAGGAUUUUGGAGACUCUCUUUCAGCCAUGCUGAGACUGUGAUUCUUGAGGAUAUUGAUGCUGAUGGGGGACAAAGGAAGGCAGCUCUGAGGCUUCUGAAGUUUGUCAACAAAACAAGAUGGGUGCCAGAAUAUGGCAAAGUCUUGACUUCCUACCAUCUCAAGACCAUUCUGCUGUGGUGCUGUGAAAUCUAUCCUCAGAAGACACAAUGGCAGACUCUCCUGAGCUCCCUGCAGGCCCUCCUCAGGAUCCUAAGCCACACCCUUUGCAAGAGGAACCUUCCUCACUACUUCCUACGGCCCAUCAACCUCUUCAGCAAGCGCUACAAAUCCAGCAACACCACUUAUGGGCCCUUAGCCUUGGAGGCUCUCCGCUAUGAAGGUGAAGUGAUGCUGGCUGAUGUUGUGGGAUAUCUAAUGCCAGAUCGCAAGCCACAGGACCGCUGUGUCCAUGAAGAAUCAGAGGAGAAGAUGGCAGCUCUCCGGGAGUUUAAAAAAAAGCAUCAGGAAGACCUGAAGGAGCUGAAGAGGAUGGAGGAUGAGCAAAUGUAUGAAUAUAUGGAAAUGGGUGAGGAGUAGGGUCUGAAGUGCUGUGCAAAGAGUAACCACAUAAUUUGCCACAUAGUACAAAAUCAGCCACAAUGUCACACAGUUUUAUUGAGAAGACUUCAGUCCUUAUGACCACAGAGGCAGAUGCCUGAAGUCUCAUGGGUAAAGUCUGACACAAGACCAGAAGCCAAAGAGUGGCUUCAGAUAAGGUGGACCCAUGAUGUGCACAAUUCUGUCACUUCUACUCCACUCUGCAAGUUCCGUAUGAAGGACAGUGCGGUGUAGUGAUUAGAGUGUUCAACUUGGACUGGGCAGACACAGGUUCAAAUCCCUGCUCAACCAGAGUGAUUAUGGGCCAACCACUAUCUUGCAGCAUAAACCUACCUCACAGGGUUGUGAGGGUAAAAAGACAACAAGAAGAGGACCAUGUAUGCUGUCUUGAAUUCCACAGAGAAAACAUACGACAAAAAUAAUUAUCAUAGGCAUUCAAAAUGUAAAGAUCUUUCUAUGUAGUAAAAAAAUUACAGUUGUUUAAAUGCA